GCUGAAAAAUGGGAUUGCUAGACUCGAAGAAGAUUUGGACAGCAACAAGCAGGGCAACACGACCAGGACCUUUUUCGACGACCACCCGGCGCUGAACAUCAGUUUUGACCCACCGAGUUUGAGGCCGCUGUCUUUCGCGUAUUACUCCCACUUAUCCAACAACUACAGCGACCUGGACCAGGAGUUUCGCGAGAAAAUUCACGCAGAAUUGGGAAUCGACGAAGAGGUCACGGUAUCAAGUGCAAAUAUGUCCGGGUCUGGAAGAAUGCAACUUUGUCAUGCUUGUCCCACAUGACUUUUAAAUCUGUAAUGCAUGAGCAGGGACAGCACUACUGCCUUGCCUGUUGUCUGUCAUGCAAAAAUGCACUUUGCCAUGCGGAAAGCGAAACACGUAGGAGCUCAAAAACUUGUCAUGUGUGGCUGCAUGUGUCAGCGCGUCUGCCAUUCAGGAACUGGCAUCACAAGUAGUUUAUUCCAGGAGACCCAGACAUAUUUGCAAUGCAUACACGGACCGUCCAUUCGACGAGGACUUUUCGGACCUAACUUCGUUGCUCCCGAAAGUGAAGAAGCGGGGCUACCAACUGCCCACGAAGAAGUCGCUUUUCGCGCACAAAAUUUUCCAGGAUACAUCCUUGUCUUUACUCAGGGAGGACACGUUAAUUUUACCCGUGCAGGAGCGGGCGUUUCAGGAGAAAACGG